CCAGGCUCCGCCCCCCAGCUGGCCCCGCCCACGCUGUCUCUCUGCCCCCGCCCCCUCUGCUGCUCUGUCCGCCGCGCGCGUGGAAGAUGGCUGCUGCUGCGGGAAGGUUGCUCCGGGCUUCGAUUACCCGACAUGUGAGCGCUGUUCCUUGGGGCGUUUCAGCCCCUGCCACCCUUAGACCUGCUGUUUCUGGAAGAAAGUGCUUGGCAAACGUAGUGUGGUCUGGUUAUGGACAAGCAAAAUUUGCCUUCAGCACCAGUUCCUCAAACUACGUUCCUGCUGUCACCCAGCACGCGCCCUAUUUUAAGAGUACAGCUGUUGUCAACGGAGAGUUCAAAGAACUAAGCCUUGAUGACUUUAAAGGGAAAUAUUUGGUACUUUUCUUCUAUCCUUUGGAUUUCACUUUUGUGUGUCCUACAGAAAUUGUUGCUUUUAGUGACAAAGCCAAUGAAUUUCAUGAUGUGAACUGUGAAGUUGUCGCUGUUUCGGUGGAUUCCCACUUUAGCCAUCUUGCCUGGAUAAAUACACCAAGGAAGAACGGCGGAUUGGGCCACAUGAACAUCGCACUCUUGUCAGAUUUAACUAAACAAAUAUCCCGAGACUAUGGUGUGCUCUUAGAAGGUGCUGGGCUUGCACUAAGAGGUCUCUUCAUAAUUGACCCCAAUGGAGUCAUCAAGCAUUUGAGUGUCAAUGAUCUCCCAGUGGGCCGAAGCGUGGAAGAGACCCUCCGCUUGGUGAAGGCAUUCCAGUUUGUGGAGACCCAUGGAGAAGUCUGCCCGGCAAACUGGACACCAGAUUCUCCUACAAUCAAGCCAAAUCCGACCGCUUCCAAAGAAUACUUUGAGAAAGUGAAUCAGUAGAUCACCCUGUGAAGACCUGCAACUUCUUGCUUUUCACACCAGAGAACCACAAAUUGGAACCCACUUAGCAUUUCAAAGAUGAUUGUUUAUAGAAAGCAGGAAAAAACUAUUAUGCUUAUGUUCAUAAAUAUUGCUCUAAAUAUGUUUUUGUAACAUUGGCAAAGGCUUUUUAAACUUGAUUAGUUGCUAAUCUAAGGAGUCCUUUAUUUGUAACAUCCUAAUGACUGGCUCUUUUCUGUAGAAUGCCUGUUUCACCCACUUCUUGGAUCAUGUCUUCAGUGGGAAAAGGAAACACUCUUCUUUCUUAGCCUUACUUGAACCUUUGUAUACACCAAAGUAGUACAGCAGACCUUUAAAGCUUGUGAUCAAGUAUCCUGAAAUUUACUUCUUUAAUUUCUUUGUAUUAAACUGAAUUUUCUUUUAAGAUAUCAAAGAUCAUAGUUUCACAUUUUUAGCAUCAGCUGUCUAAUUUAACUUCUGCAGUGGAUGUAUAUGUGAUUGAAACAAAUGUAAAUUGCAUUUAAAAACACUUACGGUAGCAAAGUGAUAUGUACCCAAUCAUGCAUGUUCCUAACCGAGCUUUGUAGUUUACAGAGUUAUUUUACUUUUUUUAUUUGUUAGUUGACUUAGUGUCUAUACAUUUCUGGAUAUCGAUUGGGUGUGAUUAUUAAAGAUAUUUAUUGAGUCCAGGGGUUGCAUUUUGAAA